AUGGAAAACCCAGAGUUCCCCCCGCGUCUCUUCUCGAAAGGCGAUGAGCCGUCUCCGCUGAAAAGCAUCGGUUACUAUAGCGGUGAGACGAAGCUGAUGACUGCACUCGAGGAAGCACUCACACAAGAUGAGUGGGAAGAGAUAUUGAGAGUGUUCUUGAAGUUCAGUCAGUUGGAUUUCGGCUGGGCAUCUAGACUGGUGCAUUACAUUCUCGGCAUGCAGCUAGUUUGCAAGAAAAAAUUUGAGAUUUGGAGCCUCGUAGGUCUAAUCCCAAUCCGCUUUUCUUUGAAUGAGUUCGAACAUAUUACUGGCUUGAAUUGCGAGUACGUGGACAACCUCGAGGAUCCGGUGGUUGAGAUAACUGAUGAGAUGAAAUAUUUCUGGGAGCGAUUGGGAGUCAAUCAGGAGUUGGGCCCGAGCACUGAAGAUUUGAUAGAAGCUUGUAAGGAAUGCGGGUCGUGGUCUUCCGAGGAUCGGUUGAGGCUGGGAUACCUUAGCAUUUAUACUAGUUACAUUGAAGCACGAAAGCCAUCUUCAGCUACUCGGGCUAGGUUGGCAAGGCUUGUGAUGGAUUUAGAAGCGUUUGAAAACUACCCUUGGGGAAGAGUGGCCUUCAAAAACCUGAUGCGGUCAGUGAAGGAGAAAGAAAUUUGGAAGUCGUCGUACACCAUUGAGGGGUUUGUUCAAGUACUACAAGUCUGGGUUUACUUUGCUCUUCCCGACUUUGCUGCUAAAUUUGGUGAACCACUUCCAGGCGACCACAAUGUACCGCUGAUAGCUUUCAAGGGAUCCAGGGGGAGGAAAUUUAUGAAAGAGAAUAUGCUCCGACAGACACGCAUUAACAACUACGUUGUUAAGGAAUUCUUCGACAUGAGUCAUUGGCCUCCAACAGGUGUGACCAAGUAUGUCAAGUCUGAAGGGUCUGUCGAUCUGAAGAGGCGAUCGGAAUCAGUUGGUGAUCAAGGAAGUUGGAAGCGGUUCUGCCCAGCCUCUGGUGAGGAAGAUGAGUCAAUGGUCACGAUUCUGAAGGACCACAUGGACGACUGCUUCAACAAGAUGAUGGAUGGGUUGAGUAGUUGUGAAUCUCAGAUCAAACUACUCAACACAAAGUUGGGAACGGUGGAGCAGAAAUUAGAGGCAGUGAUCCUCCAAGCUGGGACCGGAGGUACAAAGGAGGAUGUGGCUCAGACUGGUGAAGCAGACGCCGAGGGCGCAAAACCUGUUGGCGACGAUCAAACGGACACGGACGCCGAUCCUAAUAUCGGGAGUAAUUUUAUGUCUAAGCAAAAUGAACAAACUGAUGUCCCAAGUGAGAGCGUGAACGAUGGUAAGCAGGGAACUCCAGAGCCAAGCGUCGUUAUGGUUGAUCCAGCAAAAUGCGACAUCGACUUCGAUCAGGUCCAGAAAGAUAAACACGAGAAAGGCAAGAAGGCGGCACAACUGGUUGCUCGUGCGAAGAGUGAACGUCUGCGAAAGUUGGCUCCUACACAACAAAGCCCUUUCAAACCCAACAGCACAGCGAAGGAAAUAAUCCCAAACAAAAAUGUCCGAGGGUGCGGAUAUGAUCCGUUUGAUAUGAAACACGUGAAGCAAAAGAUCGGUGUGCUAACUGAUUGUCUGAAAAAAGAUCCGGCAUAUCCGAAGCGGGUAAAGUGGUCAUCCGUGGACUGGUACUUCAUUCUAAGAGUUCCUAAACAAUGGCUAGCAGACACUCAAAUGGAAGCUGGGAUUAACCUACUCAGGCUGCGAUUUACAAAGCAUCCUGAGUGGUUUAUGUCGGACAGGAUAACAUUCCUCGACUCUUACUUUGCAACGAUGUGGAGGUACAAGUACAAGGAGUUCGUGGACUCUCACGCCAACCCUGAUGGUUCAGGCAAGCUCCUUCCAGCUGGCUCGUUCGAGUACUACACUGGCGCAGCCCCAACCUACUGCGUUAGUAACAAGACGUGGGGGUAUGAUGUAGAUGACCUGUACUCGUUGUUACACAUCACUGAUGAUCACUGGGUGGCAAUGUGGAUUUCGAUUCCGAUGAAGCAUAUUGUCAUUUUGGAUAGCCAUGCGAAUACUCAUGCAUCGGAUAUUCAGAUUGAGGCUGCUGUGACUCCGAUUACCGUCUUGGUUCCCUACAUACUCCGUGAGUGUGCACCUGCUGAAGACCGUAUCAAUCUGACUUAUGAUCCAUUCACGUGGGAGCGAAUCAAGGGGCAUUUGAUCCCACAAAACAAACAAAGCGGUGAAUGUGGCGUUUACUGCUUGAAGUACCUUGAAUGCCAUGCUGUAGGGAUGCCAUUUCCGAAGACCUUGUGCGAUGCAAACAUUAAAAACAUCCGAGACAAGCUGGCAGCUGAGAUAUUUGACGAGACAGGAGUAACCGGCACAGAGAAGUAUGAGUAUCCAUGGCUGGACGUAUACGAAGGUAAGUGA